CAUUCCUAAAGCCACAAUCUCUACACCUGGUUUCUGUAUCUGUGCAUUACAGAUCAUUAGCCACUGCCAUUACAAGAUUUCUGGUGUUCGGAGGCUCUAGCAUGGCUUCCGUGGUGAUCUCGCGUAGACUUUCUCCUAUCUCACUAAAACCCUCUCCUCCAUCUAUUUCCUCCCUUUUCAUCUCCCAUGGACCCCAAAACCACACCCUUGAUUCUAAGUCCACUCUUCCUCAACGACCCUUAAACCCUAAUCCCAAUCUCUCUAGUUCCCUGUCAAGCUAUCCUGCUGGUUCCUCCAUUCUUGAACACCAAUCAGAUCCAAAACCCACAAAUCUUACUCUCAAUUUUAUUAGAUCACACUCUUAUUCAGGUACUAAAACCAAGGAUCAUGACUUUAUUCGGUCAACAAUGAAAAACCCUGGAAUUUUCUUUGCACAUAGUAAUGGACAAGCCCAAAAUUCAGUUCAAAACGCUGGUUUCAAGCAAAAGGUUUCUAUUUUUGCAAAACCCAUGAAUUCAAGUUUGGAUUUUAAGUUAAAAAAUCCCAGAUAUAUUGGGUUAUUGAACCCAAAGCACAGAUAUUUUUCAAGUUCAGGUUCAUCAUCAGAUUCUGAUGAACCCCAAAACCAAAGUGAGUAUCCAAGCCAAAACCCUGAUUUCAAACACCAAGAAAUUGAGGGUCCAACUCUUGAAAGAGACCUCUCAGCUUUAACCAAUGAGACCAGAGAGGUUUUAGAAAGGACGAUGAAGAACAUAUAUGGUUUGAGUAGAGCUGUUGCUGUUCUGGGUCUGGUUCAACUUGGACUUGGAGCUUGGAUUUCUUAUGUUACUAAAGCGACACCAAUGACUGAGGUGUCAAUUCAAAGUUUUGUGGCAUUCGGAUUUCCUUUUACGUUGGCAUUUAAGUUGAGGCAAACAUUGAAGCCGAUGCUCUUCAAAAAGAUGGAGGAGCUAGAAAUAAACAAUAAAUCCAUGUUGGGGAAACUCAAAUGGGAGAAAAGUAAUCAUGAGUUUCUUCCUUAUCCCAUCUUAAGAUUUAUUUUAAUUAACUACAAAUAUUAAUUUGUGUUAUGCUUCAUUAAUUUUUUUAUUGUCAUUACGUGUCAAUAUUAUUAAUUAAUUACAAAUUACUGCACUUGUUUGCAACUUGUUCUUGAAAUUAGAUGAUUUUUCUUUAUAUAUUUUUUUCUUUGUUGAAAUUACUCAUGUUUUAUGGAGCUUUGAAUUUUUGAUUAAUUUAUUAACAAGGGUUUUGUUUGCUUAAAAUGAGUUUCCUUUUUAGUUAAGGUAAUAGUUGGAUUUAACUACUGCUUUUUUAUUUUAUUUUUGUAUAUAACUGGAAAAAAGUGUAAUAUUUUAUUUUGUGAGAAUUGAAUUGGAGUGUUGUAUAAUUGAUGAAGUUUUGAGGGUUUUUUUUUCAUAUAAAAGAAUAAAUAAUCAUCUUAUUUGUAACAAACAAAAGUCAAAUUGUAGAUUGGGCUUGAUUGGUAGAAAGCAAUGUUAA